GCGACACUUCACGCUCGAAACCGAACCCAUCGGGUCGCGCAUCCUCGAAAUGUCCUCUCUAUCGCUGCUGUCGUCCGUCGUCGCGCCUUCCGUCCUGGCCGUCUCCGUCGUCCUCUACCUCAUAAGCCUGCUCGUCUAUCGAUGGUACCUGCAUCCCCUCGCCGGCAUCCCCGGCCCCAAGAUCGCGGCGGCCACGGGUCUGGUGGAAAUGUGGUAUGACAUUGUCCGAGGCGGGCAGUAUGUCUUUCAGCUGGAGAGGUGGCAUGCCGAAUAUGGUCCGAUCAUCCGCAUCGCCCCCAACCACGUCCACUUCCUCGACCCGGACUUCUUCGACGAGCUCUACUCCAUGAAGCACCCCCGGCACAUGAAGCUCGCGCACCUCCGCGACCGCUUCAACACGCCCACCUCCAUCGGCGACACCCCGGACGCCGACGAGCACGACCGGCACCGCGCCCUCCUCGCCCCCCUCUUCUCGCGCCAGCGCGUCGCCGAGCUCACCGGCUACGUCCAGACCCGCGCGGACAAGCUCUGCGCGAACGUCCUGCGCGCGGCGGCGGCGGGGCCCGCGGUCCGGCUCGACGCGGCCUGGUCGACGUACGCGACCGACAACGUCCUGUGGUACACCCUCUCGCUGGCCUACGAUUUCCUGGACUACCCCGACUUCAAGAGUCCCUUCACCGAGGCGACGGGGAAGCUGCUCUGGUCGAUCCAUUGGCUGACACAUUUCCCGGGCCUGAUGAAGCUGUUCAAUGCCAUCCCGCAUGAAUACGUGGAGAAGCUGAGUCCGGACAUCGGGGCGAUCUUCGGGUUUCAGAGGGAAGUUCGCGCCCAGAUCCACCGCGUCAUCGACGGCGAGAACGACGGCCACCGCUUCGUCCAGCACCGCACCGUCUUCCACGAGAUCUCCCAAGUGGUGGGCCGCGACGCCGCCGCCAUCAAGAUGAUGGAAGACGACGGCGUCAGCAUCACCCUCGCCGGCAUCGAGACGUCCGCGCGGGCCGCCUCCGUCAUCAGCUUCUGGGUCCUCAAGAGACCCGAGAUCCGAGCCCGACUGCAGGCCGAGCUCGAAGCGGCGAUCCCCGAUCCCGACCACAUGCCCGCUCUGGCCGAACUGGAGAAACUGCCAUAUCUGAACGCCGUAUUACAGGAAGGUCUCCGCCUCGGCUACGGCGUCUCCAACCGGCUGUCGCGCUACAACCCCCAGAUCCCCAUCCGCUACGGCCAACACGUCCUCCCGCCCUACACCGUCUUCUCCAUGACGCCCGCGCUCCAGCACCGGAACGCCAGGGUCUUCCCCGAACCGCUCUCCUUCCACCCCGAGCGCUGGCUGCUCGCCCCAUCGUCGUCGUUGUCGUCGUCCACCACCAACCCGCCCUUGUCGAAGUACCUCGUGCAGUUCUCCAAGGGCCCGCGGAACUGCAUCGGCAUGCACCUCGCCACCGCCGAGCUGGUGAUCGGCAUCGCGACGUUCGUGAGACGGCUGGGCCAUCGCUUGGUCCUGGACGACGGGGUCGGGGAGGCGGUCGUCGACCUGGGGAGUGACUACAUCGCGGCCGUCGCCAGCGAUGUGGCGGGGGGGUUGAGGGUGAGGCUCGUCUCGGAUUGAGCGGUGUCUGAUGAUGAGGGGAUUGCGGGGGUGGAAGACGACGGGCGCUCGGGGCGCGGCGCCGGUCGCGUCCCGGAUCCCUCGUCCGCAUUCGUGUAUAGUCUAUCGUUGUUGUUGUUGUAGGCCGGUACGAAGUUAAGUGUGUUCACGGGCACGUAGAGACAUGGACUCGAGAUUUCACACCCUGGUCAGGGACAUGGCCCGGUUUCUGGGACGCUGCGGAUGCAGGCUCCCCGUGUCCCCCGCCUCCCUCUCGCGCGUCAGGAAUGAGGCGAGUCUGGUCUUCACAUCUCGCACAAACCUUGACCUCCCCGUUGGUCGACGGCCUCCGCGAGAUACGCCGGCGUGACUGUC